AAUAUUUUCUCUAUGUUUUGCAGAAUGAAGAGAAGUCAUCAGUUAGUUUUCCCUCACUCCUUAGCCAUAUAACUUCUGCUUUCAUAAAUCAUCCUGUAAUUCCAAUGACAAUUUAUGCAGAUUCAGGUGUCCCUGAGAUACUACAUACUUUUUCCCCCCUCAUGUCAUCCAUGCCUUGUGACAUGCACAUAGUUAAUCUGAGGACAAUCCAGUCAAAGGCAGAUUUUGAGCCAUCUGAUGAAGCUGCUCUGAUUCUUCACAGGAAGGGAUUUGAUUGUAGAUUUUCAAACAAAGACAUGGGUCAGUUCUGUUCUACUACUCAGGGAAAGAUAAAGGUGCAUAAACUAUUUAACAAGUUCAGCGUAGAAAGUCUUACACCUACAUCUUUAUCUUUGAUGCAUUCACCUCCAGAUGCUAGAAAUAUAAGUGAAAUUAAUAUGAGUUCCAUGGAGAUAAAUACCUUCCGGAUUCGGCUAAGAUGAAAUCUGGCUUUAAUACUCAGAGAAGAGGAAUCUGUAAUUGUAUCGCCUCCACGUGCAAUAAGAAGCACAUUAUUAUUGUUCCAGCUUCUGGAUACUGUGAGAAAAAUUAGCAUACGUUCUAUAGUUCUUUGACCAACACAGUGAAAAGCCAUGU